GGACGACGUUUAAAAAUAUUGAAAAUUUCUACAAAUUCGUGAUGUUUCCUCUUAUAUCUUAGAGAAGACUUGUUAAAACGUCAUGAUGUUUGGUGAGCAUUAAUACAACUAUGGCUGCCUCACACAUAGCACAUAAUAUAGGAGAACAGUCCAGAACUGGUGACGUAGCAAUCCAAGAAAAUGUUGAAUUUUCAGGCAUGCUUUUAUCCCAUGCAGUUUUGCUUGGUCUAAAAGAAGCAGGCUUUGAGAGGCCCAGUCCAAUACAGCUUAAAGCCAUACCACUUGGAAGAUGUGGCUUAGAUCUGAUUGUUCAGGCCAAGUCUGGAACAGGGAAGACAUGUGUAUUCUCAGUAGUUGCCUUAGAAGGUCUGCAGAUGGACAGCAACUCAGUCCAGGUGCUGGUCCUUGCUCCUACCAGGGAGAUUGCUGUGCAGAUCUGGGAAGUUAUGACAUCACUGGGUCGCCACAUUGAAGGGCUCAAGUGUCACAUGUUCAUUGGAGGAUUACCAGUGCAUGAAGAUAAAUUAAAGCUAAAGAAUUGUCACAUUGCUAUUGGAAGUCCAGGUCGUAUAAAACAGUUGAUUGAAAUUGGUGCUAUUAACACUGACAGUGUGAGAUUGUUUGUACUAGAUGAGGCUGACAAAUUGCUAGAGUCCAACUUUCAAGAGCAGAUAAAUUGGAUUUACUCAACUCUUCCUGAGAAUAAACAGAUGCUAGCUUUGUCUGCUACAUACCCAGAAUCCCUCGCACAACACUUGACGAAAUAUUCCCGGAAUCCAACAUUUGUUAGACUGAAUAGCUCAGAUCCAGCUUUAUUAGGCAUUAAGCAGUUUUUCCAAGUCACCCCCUACCACCCUAUGCAGCAUGUGGUAUAUGAGGAAAAGGUGAAAUAUUUGCUGAAACUUCUCACCAGUGCCACAUUUAACCAAUGCCUGGUCUUUUCUAACUACCAGACAAGAGCUGAGAAUUUGUGUGACGUGCUGAACUCCAGGGGUUGGCCAGCCACCUUUAUCUCUGGUAGUCAGGAGCAGCAUCUCCGCCUUGAGGCCAUGGCCAAACUAAAAGCCUUCCAGUGCAGGGUCCUUGUGUCUACAGAUCUGACAUCUCGGGGGAUAGAUGCUGACAAGGUUAACCUGGUGGUCAACAUGGAUCUACCUAGGGACCAUGAAACAUACCUACAUAGGAUAGGCAGGGCAGGAAGAUUUGGUACCUAUGGGGCUGCAGUGACCUAUGCCAGUAAAGGCAAUGAGCUUGAACAGUUACAGGCCAUAGAGAGAAAGUGUAAUACCACCAUGAGACAACUACCAGAUCCCAUUCCCAAUGAUUUGGUAAAGAGCCUUGGGUAUAUAGAUGUCAGCCAUCUUGUUACGGCAGAACCUCUCAAUAAGCAGACGGACUUGGCAGCCAUCUUGAAUGAACACUUGUCUGACACUAAAGCAGCUGACCCUAUGACAUUUGAAAUUAAGAACAAAAUUCAGGAAAACAUUGAUGAGAGUUGUGCAUAUAGAAAUGGGCAUGAUAUUGAAGAAGCAACCAUUACAUCAGUAAAUGGAAACAGACUUAGUUCUGAACUAAGUGAAACUAAUACUGGAUCUGUAUGUAAUGGGCAAUCUAAAAAUACUAUUGUGAAGCCAAAGAAGGACCUCACAUUUGAUUCAAGAUGUCUUGGUAACUACAUUAAAGAGUUUCAGAUACCAGAUGAGGAUGCAACAUCAAAGGAAAAUGAAGUGUCUCCAAAUGGUGUUGCAAGAAUUGAGGACCUGACAACAGUUUCGUUUAAAAAAGCUGGGAAGAAACAAAAUGGUGAAAUAGAAGAAGAUGCCGCAAAAUGCAUCAAAGCAACUGAUCCAGAAUCCAAGCCUGGAAAAUAUCGUCAUCCUUAUGGAAAGUGGAGCAGGAUUGAAAAGCCCAAACAGGAGAAACAACUAAGGCAUGAUGAUGUGAAUGCUAUUGAGAAUAAUGAUUCAGGACUUGACAAAGGACUUGACACAGGAUUUGAUGGUAAUAUUGGCUCAAGAACUUCUAUCCAAGAUUUUGGCUCAAAUAUCACAGACUGCAUCAAUAAACCUGAAUUUCAUUUAAAUACACAGUGUAGCGUAACUUCAGAAAUAAAAGCUCCAUUUCUCAUCCCACCUCUCUACAAAAGAAUUAAACCCAAACCACGCUUUGCAACAUUUAAUGAUGCUUUGGAAAAUUACAACUCAUUUAUGGAAGGUUCUAAAGAUGAAUUGUGUGAUGCAAACAAAAAGGAAAUUGAUAUGGACAGUGGAGUAGAUCAAGAGAAAUCUGAAGGGAUAAUAGGUGAACAGUUGAUUAAUGACGUAUCUGUUUAUCUUGAAAAGAUCUCACUUGAAAAGGCUCAUAAUCAUCAAAUUAACUUAAUUAAGAAACACUAUCCAAAUGCCCGUUUGAUACAAGAAACAAAUACUAGACGUACAAAAGCAAAUACAAACACCACUUCAGAAAGGAAAAGUGAUGCAGUCCAAAACAUUUUAUCCCACCAAAAUGUUGAAAAUAAGUGUAUCAGUGAAGCAGCAAAUUCUGACAUUCAUAAAGAUAACAGACACAGAGAUGAGGAGGCUCAAACAGAAAAGGCUUAUGAAGAGGAAUAUGAAGAUGACUAUACAGAAAGUGAAUCCAAUGACUCAUAUUCUGACGAUGCAACUGAUGAAUCAGAUUCUGAAUCUGAUGAUUCUGGUACUGAAUUUGAUGAGCCAGGCUCUGAAUUUGAUGAGGAUUCAGAAAAUGAUGACACUUCUACUCUAGGUGACAAUGCCACCAUCCAAGGGGAUAUCUAUAAAAGUGCUCAGUAUAUAAAUCCAAUGGUAUACAGCCCACAUCCAUACUUACCUUAUAACUAUAGCAACCCUUGGCAAUCAUGCCCAUGGCAACCUAGUUAUUACUAUAGCCACUUUGCUUGGUCUCCAUGGCAACAUCCAAAUCUCUCCUAUCCUUACCAAUAUUCACAAUUAGAUUGGGAUAGACAAAUCGAGCAAACAUAUAAGGCCCAGAGUGACUAUCUUAAAGCAAUGUCCAAAUAA